AUGUUUGAUAAUGCAGACAGUGUAGAAGAGAGGCUUCAUGUAGAAGAAGAGGCAAAGCAUUUUCGCAAAGUUCUUCAAACGUUUUCGCUCUAUAAAACAUCGGCUCUGAUGGCGAACAAUCGUAGACGAAAGGACUAUCAUGCGCUGACGGAGAGACAUAAGAACCUGAUUCCCAAUUAUCUUAAUCAUUUGAAUACAAUCGACCGUGCCAUAGUAAAGAACUAUGCAGUAGUCAAGCAGAUAAUGUCUAAUGGACAGAUGUUUUCGGAUGGAAAAGAUAGUUCCGUUUUGCACGCGCAUGCCAACGAGCAGACUGAAGACAUACAAGAUGAAAUAACCGAAUAUGAUUUCGACAAACUGCGUAGUACGAUCAAGCAGUUUGUAAGAGACUGGUCUAUUGAGGGAAAACCCGAACGGGAUGUAACUUAUCAACCUUUAUUGCAAGAAUUACUUGACUACUACGAAGAGGUACCUUUAUCAGAGAGGGCUAAGAUAAAUGUAUUGAUACCGGGAGCUGGCUUGGGUAGAUUAGCCUUUGACAUUGCCAAGUCAGGAUUUAGCUGUCAAGGAAAUGAAUUCUCAUUCUACAUGCUCUUGGCUGCUCAUUUUAUAUUGAACAGGAUCGAACGCAUCCACCAGUAUGAAAUCUAUCCGUUCAUUCAUUCUUUCUCAAACAUUCCUUCUUUUGAGGAACAACUGAAGCCCAUAAGUAUACCCGAUGUUUUGCCAAGUGAAAUACCACAAGGAAUAGACUUCUCAAUGGUGGCUGGUGAUUUUGUGGAAAUAUAUGGAGACGACAGCCACAAGGGGACAUGGAACUGUGUCAUUACGUGUUUCUUUAUCGACACUGCAAAGAAUAUUAUGGAGUACAUCGAGAUAAUUUAUAACAUUUUGAAGCCAGGCGGAUUGUGGAUCAACAUUGGUCCAUUACUGUAUCACUAUGAAAAUAUGCCAGGUGAAAUGUCUAUUGAACUAAGCUUAGAAGAAGUCAAGAACCUUGUCAGGAAGAUUGGUUUUGACAUUAAGAAAGAGAAAAUGAUUCAGACUACGUAUACAGCCAAUCCAAAUGGAAUGCUGAAAUAUGUGUAUGAUUGUGCAUUCUGGACAUGCGUCAAGUAA